GUGCCUCCUGGCGGGAAUGGGAGUCAGUACGAGGAGAUUGAUAUCCCAGUCGGUCUUCUCAGCUAUGAUGACAUGCUGGAUAUUUCUAAGAGCUUUGUGAAGCCUCUCCGAGUGGCUCUGUAUGCCCCCCACGAGCCAUUCCUGGACUAUAACAUGGUGGUGAUCUUUGUCAUGGCUGUCAGCACCGUGGCGAUUGGCGGCUACUGGGCAGGAAGCAAAGAUAUAAACAAGCGCUACAUGAAAAACAAGCAUGAUGGUGCAGAGAAGCAGGACGACGAGACUGUUGAUGUGACACCGAUUAUGAUCUGUAUUUUUGUCGUCAUGUGCUGCUCGAUGCUGGUGCUACUUUACUACUUCUACAAUCAACUAGUCUACGUAAUCAUAGGAAUUUUCUGCCUUGCUUCAUCCAUCGGACUUUACAGUUGCUUGUCUCCGUUUGUGAAAAGAAUUCCUUUCUGCGAAUGCAGGGUUCCAGACAUGGGCCUCCCAUGCUGCCACAAGCAGCCGCAGGUCCGCAUGCUGCUGCUUGCCCUAUUUUGUGUCUCCAUCAGUGUGGUGUGGGGAAUUUUCAGGAACGAAGACAAGUGGGCCUGGGUCCUACAGGAUGCACUAGGGAUUGCCUUCUGCCUCUACAUGCUCAAAACCAUCAGGCUGCCAACGUUUAAGGCCUGCACACUGCUCCUGGUGGUUCUCUUCGUCUAUGAUGUCUUCUUUGUCUUCAUCACUCCAUUCAUCACGCGGAGCGGUGAAAGUAUCAUGGUGGAGGUAGCUGCAGGUCCAUCAGAUUUUUCAACAAAUGAAAAGCUCCCAAUGGUGCUGAAAGUUCCCCGGCUAAACUCCUCUCCCCUGGCACUCUGCGACAGGCCAUUCUCUCUCCUGGGAUUUGGAGAUGUCCUGAUACCAGGAAUGUUGGUGGCAUACUGUCAUCGCUUCGACAUCCAGGUACAGACGUCGAGGAUUUACUUUGUGGCGUGCACCAUUGCCUAUGGAGUUGGUCUGCUUGUGACCUUUGUGGCACUGGCACUGAUGCAGACUGGACAGCCAGCGCUCCUCUACUUGGUCCCGUGCACCCUGCUGACCAGCAUCUGUGUGGCAUGGUGGCGUCACGAGGUUGGCAUGUUCUGGAGCGGCAGUGGCUUUGCGGAAGAGCCACCUCUGCAGCCAGUCGCCUCAGUCCCUGACGGCUCGGUUCAGCAGCUUGACCAGACCCUGGUUCCUCCCGACCCAGAGAACAACCUGAGCAACACAUUGUUACAGCCAGUCCAAACCACCUCCCCCAGCACAGCGGAGACGUGUGAAUCCUUUGUGGCACAUCAUGGCACUAGCCCUUCCUAAUGUUGGCCACCCAACAUUAGUCUCUAAUCUACUUGUAGCCAAUAUAUAUGAAAGUAAAUAGAUCCACAUUAUGCAUCUCAUGUGAAACACAGCACCAAGAGAGAACUAUAACACUCUUGUCUGUCAGGACAGGUGGGUAAUAAUGGCCUCUGAACAGCUGAAGGACAUUAGCACAAGAUACCAUGUGACCAGAUGAAGCCUUGUUUAGGUUAGUCCUUCUCUGAAGGAUAUUAGGUGCAAUCAUUUAAACUUAGCACCAGUUAUGUGAGCGUGUGUGUGAUAAUACGGGGGGGGAGAACAGCACAGUUGUGUAUCCAGGCUGCCGCACAGAUAUUAGCAUUAGAGUAUUAAUCAAUGGCCUCAUACCUUCAACUCUUCUCAUCUCUGCUACAGAAGUGUAGAUCAGAACUGUCCAAGCUUGCACGCCUGUGCAGCGGUGCUCAAUCUCUGCUCUCAUCCAUCGCCUUCUCAGCCCUGAGCUGUGUGCUUUCACUGGGUAGGGCAUCGGGGAAACAUCACAAAACAAAGGUUUUGAGAAGAAAGAUCCUGAUUGAUGGAUAUUUGCCAUCUCUUUCCCUGCAAUAGAGUCCCAGCAUCUCUGGGCGAGUGCACAGAGAAUGCUGCCUGCUCAAUUGCUGGGAGCAGAUGGAAAGAAUCCAGUUAAAGCACAACCCAGCAUCCAGCUAAUCUAUCAGAUGUAAAGUUACACCAGUCUCAGACCCACUGUGUCCUCUUCACUUGGAUUAAGCCCAUGUAAACCAUUCCCACUGAGCAAGUCAUUUUCAGUGAUUUUUUUUCUCGCUCUGGAACUAGCCCCUGGCCACACUUCCAUUCACCAUGCAAUGCCCUUCACCUUACCCCAGCACCUCUCCAAGCCUUCAUCAGGUUCAGUUCUGAUCCCUGCUCCUCCAAAGAAAAUAAAUAACAACAGAGUGCCCAGAGACUGCUAGUGAGCCAGUUAUGGAAUCCUUACUAGGAUGUACCCAAUGAUUGUUGAUUUGACAUUGCAGAAGUAAUGGCCGUUAAAUAAACAGAGGCAGGUGAUUGGAAUAGGUAAUGGUGCGAUUUUGGAUUGUUUGGCAAUACCCAGCUGCCAGUGUUUGCCUGACACAGUGCACAAUAUGGCUCAUUUGCCAGGACCAAGAAUCUCCAGAUUAAGAAGAGUAUCCACUAGUUCAGUAUGUCCACAGCAUUUGUGGUUGGACCUGACCAAGAAUGUCUGAGGAUGAGCUGUAAGUGUUGACGACAGAGAAUUCUGUCAUCAACACUUACAGAGACGACAGGUAGAAAUCUUGCUUUAGAAGGUGUGACUGCAGAUCCAUGUGUACAGGUUGUCUAUUGCUGCUCUGGCUAAGAGGAGUUUGGCUGUGCAUUAUGGGUAUUGUAGUUCUGUAUGGGAUGACCAUGGUCACCAGUUAAUAUACCUGUCGACUUUUGUAAGCAGUUUAUAGUAAAUAAAGAAUUCCCUAAGCUGA